CAGAAAAUCUGUCCUUGCUUGGGAACACGGGAGAAAAAGUGGAGAAACUCCGGGGUCCUGGACUGCAUGAACACAAUGAAUUCCGGGUUAAAAUUUGGAGAGAGAAGAGCAGGCAGUUCUUUAUCAAACCGUCCUCCAAAGCAGUCCCCGUGUCCUGAUUUUUCUCCAACUCAAGAGAGAGAACAGCUUCUUUUACCACAUUGCAAAGAAUUACACGUUGCUCGUGCUUGGCCGUCGCAGAUUCCACCACCAGGAGGCCCUCAGUAAAGAGCUUGUAGCUCGGCAAAGAAAACAGGAGGACAGUGAAGUAAGAUUGAGAAACCUGUCCCCAUAGGACAAUACUUGACCUAUAAACAGAGAUUCUCAGAGUGCUGUGUAGGCAUCUAUUAAUUGAUCCUUGCAGGAAUCCUAAUAUCCAUCCAUUAGUUGUACUGUAACUUCUGAGGGUAUUGGGGUGUCAUGGGUGUUAUCCCUGCAUUGAAUCACCAAGCAAUAGCCAGGAAAUUAAUGCCUUUACCUUCUGCAUAGUAAAGCUCUUAAUAACUAAGUAAAAUAAUAAAAUGGGUAACACAUGGCUUUGAUUUCUACUCACAUCUGUCCUCUAUCUUUCACCCGAAGAAUAUGCCUGUCUAAAUUCACCUCUGCCUUCUCUCUUAUUUACUUAUUCCUGGGUUCUUAAUUUUCUUUCACGUUUCACAGCAGGCUUUUAGUGUCUCCUAAAAGUUCUAAAUAACUGCAGUAACAGUCUAAUUGUUCUCUUUUGGUGUCAUUACCUUCUUUAAAGAUAGGGGGAAGGAGAAAUAUUUUCAUCCCUUUUUUUUUGCCAAAUUGUGCACUUCUUUCCUUAAUCACUGGUUCUUCAAAGCUGUAGUCAUUCCUUUGGCUGAAAUGUAGACUUUGUUAAUCAAAAGAACCAUGUGUCCAUGAUAUCUUAACCAACAAGUAUAUAGAGUUGCAAUUUUUAUUUUCUUAAAUCCUAGCUUUUGCUCUUCACUGCUGAGUCGAGCCUUCUAUAUCUGCUUCUGUUUCUGUUUCCCAAGGUCAUGUUUCAGUACUGACGAGUCCAAGAUGCAGCUUUGCAAUGCAGUUUCAGACUGGAUGAUGGGUGAGAGUGGCAAUGCAUCUGGUGCCAUCUGCGGGCUGCAAAUGAGUUAUCCUUUGUCUUUCAAACUGUUUCUGCCCUCCUUCCCUGAAUUCACACAUAUACUUUCUACGCAUUUACAUUUGCUUACUUGGGCCUUUCUUAUAUGUAGUGGCGUGCAAAAUGUGUAUCCUCUAAGAAGCAGAAAAAGUGUAUAUGAAGCCAUUAUGUUGUAUACAAAGAUCCCAGGCCUCUAAAGAGCCUUUCCAAUCAUAGUUCACCUUAAAGAGUUUAAGCAAAUACACAGGCAGUUUAGCCACUCAUGUGCUCUGGAUAGAAUCCUUUGCUUCCUGACAGAGUUUGCCAUGAGGCUGCCCUUGGUGACUGGGAGACCGAAGGUUCAGAGGUCACAUACAGUGUCCUGAACAGUCCACUGUUCAGCUCUAUUUCAUUCUGUUCCUGUUAGCUGGGUACUCCUUGUUUCUGUGUCUUCCCAUUCUUCUCUUUAUCUCUUGCUUUCACAGCCAUCUGUUUCUGUGGGUCACUUAAGAAGUCCUUUCUGGGAAAUGAUGAAAUAUUAAACCUCUAGCCUGUAGGUUCCCAAUUAGUGGAUGGAGGGAGGCUGCACCAGAGAAAGGAUCUCUCAGGAUGGGUUGGUUUCUUAUGCUCUGUUGUAACCGUCCACAGCUGGCAGCUGCUGGAGAAAAGAUGUUGGGCCUUGGGGCUGAGCUGCUGUGUUUAUAAGGGGGCGCAAACAGGGCCUGCAUUCUAAAUCCCCUCCUAAGAUUAUUUUAUCUCAUGGCUUAGGUUAACGUCAACUGUGCUUUGUCUGUACAAACAAGUGAUAACUGCAUCAUGAGAAAAUGUGAAGCUUGGUGUGUUAGCACACUAUGAAGACAGGAGAAAAGUCCUAAGUAUCUUUUUUCUCUUCCAUGUUCUUUCACUGUUCCUUCCUUCUCUCCACUUUGGCACACUACCAACCCAAGAAGCUACACUAACUGGGGCUAUUCUCAGUUGGAACCAGAAAAAUUCAAAUGAACAAUUUGCUGUCACCAAAGGGAGAGGAGAGUUCUAAGAACACCGUUGUAAGCACUUUUCCCUGCCUGCUAAUCUCUAAAUAGGUGUUUUGUAUCCAAACCAGGUGAUUACUUUUCUUCCCAGGAUGCCUUGAUCUACAGGUCUUACUCUAUACUGAUUCUUUGUGUAAGAAAGGUAUGCCUGUGGAUGGCCUUUUACCAAAGGCAAAAAUGGAAGAUAUUGUGAGCUUUAGAUGAUGUGGUGUCUGCAGCAGCAUGAGAAUGGACUGUGUGCUCCAAAAAAUGCUUUCCAGUGCUGAGUGUCUGCUACAAGCUCAUCUGCAGAUGAAGUAGCUUUUUGGGCUUUAGAGGAAUGCAGAUGACUGCUCACCAAUGGCCUGAACUAGCCUGAGGUAAAAGCUGUUGAGGGACACCAGGAGAUUUAGAACCCAUUCCCAUGAGACCUGUGAAGGCCAGGUGCUGUAGUGCAGAAAAGGGAAGAUCCGAUUGUUCUGUUUUGUUUUCCUGUCUUAAUUUUGUGUUGUUCCCUGCAGUAGCCAGGGGUGCAAAUAUGAGACGUACUAGGACCAGGUAGAAGGAGGUCUUGAUAGCUCAGCAGUUGUCGUAUAAAUAGCUGGAUGUGGUGUCUGUGUGUUCAACACCAGUAAAGCAGGAUCUUCAGUAGUUCACAAGGGAAAGAAAACCCUGAAAAUACUAAUUUCGAAUUUGCAUUGAAUGUCAAAGCAAAGUGAGCUGUAUGGAGGGUGCUCUCUCUGCGUAAACUUGGUUUCAUGUCUUGGAUUCUAAACGUAUGAACUGUGUUUUUCAUUCUGCCUCCCUUCCCCAGAUUCCUUCAAGAUGACAAGCAGUCCAGAGAAGACUGGUAGGCACUCUGUAGAAGAAUGUAAGAUAAAAAUAGGUUCACAAAGAUGUGCAGCCAGCAAGUGGAUGUGUCACAGAAGCUAAGGCUUUAAUUAAAAGUAUCCAUUGCUGACCUCUUCAUCUUGUUCCUAUUAUGGACAAGUUUGUUGGUUUAGGGUUUUUUGAUCAAUUUGUCAGAUAACACUAAAAAGGAGUUUUUCCUUAACCAUUCAGAAAUACUUCCUUGAAGUCAUCAGGACUCUUCUCAUUUUCUAAGUUUGAUCUUACUAAUUUCAAUCACAUGCCCCACGAGCAUUUUUUUACACUUCCCUUGUUGUUUAGGGAUUCUUGCUCAUUGCAGGUCAUCAUUCCACAGGCAACAUUUGCUGUCUAUAUUGUACUCUUCAGCCAAGAUACAGCAGACAUUUCCUUUAGAAAAGAAGUAAGUAAAGAAUGUGGCACAAGGAAAAUUAUAUUUAACUUUGACUUAUGCUCCAAGUCCUUAAAUAUUGUGAACAAUCUUGUAUUUUUAACCUUACUGGGAGGGAAGGGGUGUCAUAUUUAGAAAACAGUUCCCAGCUCACAUAUCUAUGUAAUUUGUUUCAUUUUGGAAACAAAAGCAGAUGAAAAUCUGAGUCUCUGAAGAUUUAAAUCUUGUCAGUCUGAAAGAAAGCUAAAUUGUUUUCAUGGGUCAGCAGACAGGCUGUUCUCACAAUUCAUCCAUUCAUUUACUGCCAAAGCGAUGUGCUACUUCAGUUCCAAGUUUAAACAACUGGUAGUGAUAACUUGUUGUCAGGGAUCAUGUUAGUAUGUCAAGCCUUGUGUAGAACACGGGACAGUGUGUAAUCUGAACUGGGACAGGUGAGCCAGUGUUUGACAGGCUGCAAAUAAGGAUAAUCAAGCCAGUGAAAAAAUGGGGAUUGCUGUUUCCAAAACAAAUAUCCUAAUUUGAUAUUUUGUCAGCUAGACAGGUAGUGACAUUUUCCAAAAUGUUCCAUUCUAAGCAUUUACUUUGCAGUAAAUGGGAAUGGCAGAUCCCUGGCAUUUAAGCUUUGGCUGUUUAAUUCUGACCCUCUGAAUUCCUAUUUUGAAAUCUUGGGAGCUGAAUGACCUGGAUGAUGGACUAAUGCAAAAGCAUUACCUCUGUACUUCGAUACAGUGCAGCAAAUUACUUUGAAAUGUCUAAUUCAUUUGGGUUCUAGCCAUAUCUUUGUUAGUAUUUUAGGAGAAAGGAAAAUAUGGUUAUUUGUCAUACAAAGAAAGGCAAAGUUCUAAGCAUAGAGAGCAAACGAAGUAAAGCAGAAGAAAAAAGCAAGACAAGGGUAUUUGGGCAAAGUAGCAUGGAAAAAUGUAUGAACGGUGGAAGGAAUGGUAGUAGUAAAUGUACACAGAGGCUGCGUGGAAUAGGAGGCUGGGAGACAGAGGCCAGUGAGAACAUUCAAAGUUGGUAAUGAUAGGAAUUUAUUUAUCUACAAAUGGUUUUGAAAUAAAUUGAAUUAUAUUGUUCUUAAAUCAAAGUUAAGAACAAUGUGUGUAUUGUUAUACACUUUGUGUUUUUUUUCCUGUACUGUACAUUGAAGAAAGGGAAAAGAAAUAAGUGAUCAGUCAUAAUGUCUGCCCGUGCUGCUAAAAUCUAAAGUCCUGGAAAACAAGCUGGCAGGAGAGCAAGUUGUUCUCCUUAAUAUCUGAAAUUAGUUAUAUCAAGCAUUUUCUUUUGUAUUUACUUGUAUUGCAGAGGACUUUUACUUCUCUCAGCAUAAGACACAAUUUACUCAGCUUGCAUCUUACUGAUUUCUACUAUUUUUGUAAUGAAAGUUUGUGCUGUCACAUCUGUCAACAAGUAGAGACAACAACUUCUGUUUCUCUUGACAAAGAUAAAUUGAGUUUGGUGUAUUUUUUUCUUUUAAUGUACACUAUUAGAGCAAUCAUGCCAGGCUCCAGAUCACUUUUAUUCUUUGGAAUCUGUGUCUUUGCUUAUAUUUAAAUAUCAUCAAAGUGAUACUGCCACACUGCCAGCAUAUCAGUUUGUCUCACUACCUCAAGGGUCUUGCCAUUACAGAGUGUUAGAAGAUGACCCCUCACCAGUGCUGCUUUGUCACUGUGGAGUGGCAAGGGGAAAAAUAUUUCACUGUGUAGUUAUGCAGGAAGUGGAUAUUUGGGAGAGUUUAGUUUGCUUAUAAAACUGGUUUAGAGAAACAACAGUAACCAUGUGAUAUUAGUGCCAUUUAUUACCCAGAUCUGUGUGUUGAAACACAUAUGAGUGUGUUGUGCUUAAUUUAUUUUGUUAAAGCAAUUUAUGGAGUCAAUAAAUCUUGAAGGGAAGGAAUCUUCCACACUUGCUUCUGUUAGAGACAGCUGACUUGGCUGGGCAUUUAUGGAACUGUUCCAUCAGUUACUUUUUACCAUAUAAGGUCAUUACCCUGGUGUCAUAGUUAUUUUGCAAGCCUAUAAUGGCCUUCUAUCACCCUGAAGUAUUUCCUGCCAUUUCAGCAGGAGAGGAUGCUUUUAUUCCUUUUCCCAUGACUGCUAUGUGGUGCUGCUAGCACUAGUGGCUGCUGCAUUUUGUUCUAGAAACAGCUACAUUUCACUUGUGUAUGGGCAAGAGUUUUUAAAGAGAAUACAGGAAAAUUAUGGCAUUAAUCCUACCAGCAUGGUAAAAUACUCAAAAUUUUUUUUUCCUUUAAUUUUACUUGAAGGAACUGAAACAUGGACAAGCUUCUUGCAAGUACAAGCUUCAUCAAACAAGCGAAGUUUUCCAAGUCCAAACGGGUAAAAUAUAAAACACUGACUUUUCCAGAUUAAUCUUCAGUGCUGGUGUGUGAAUAAAUUAGAAAGCAUUGACUCUUUCGGACAUAACAGUUAAGACAAUAUUUGCAGUACUUCUGGCUUGUUUGUAGUAGGAGUCAGAAUUUCUUUGAUGUGAAGAAUACACAGACAGUCCUGUGUUCUGCAGCACAGCAGAUCCAUCCAUGAGCAAUCUUCUUGUUUUAACACCCUUUCUGGCACUGGUGGCUCGAAUCCUCUGGGUCUCCGGCGCUCCAACACACCAGUAGCAGGAGGACUCUCCACUAAGCAGGACGAUUUUUUUCAACACUAAAGCUUUUAGUAGGUAGUGAUCUGUACUUUAUUGCCUGCUCUUUCACGAUGAAGGCCAUGGAUGAUCAAGUAGUCCAAGAAGAACCAGGAUACCAAGAUGAUGAGGAAUCUUUUUUUCAAGAUAUUGACCUGCUGCAGAAACAUGGAAUUAACGUAGCAGAUAUUAAAAAACUGAAGUCAGUUGGGAUCUGCACGAUCAAAGGAAUCCAGAUGACCACCAGACGGGCACUGUGCAAUGUAAAAGGGCUUUCAGAAGCCAAAGUGGACAAGAUUAAAGAAGCUGCAAACAAGCUUAUUGAACCAGGCUUCCUGACCGCCUUUGAGUACAGUGAAAAACGGAAGAUGGUCUUUCACAUUACUACUGGCAGCCAGGAAUUUGAUAAACUUCUGGGUGGUGGUAUUGAGAGCAUGGCAAUCACUGAGGCCUUUGGAGUCAUAAAGAUGAAUACCUGCAUGAGCAGUUUCCGGACAGGCAAAACCCAGCUAUCUCACACCCUUUGUGUGACAGCUCAGCUUCCAGGAUCAAACGGCUACACAGGUGGAAAGAUUAUCUUCAUUGAUACUGAAAACACUUUCCGACCAGAUCGUCUCCGCGACAUUGCUGAUCGCUUCAACGUUGACCACGAUGCAGUACUUGACAACGUGCUGUAUGCACGUGCAUAUACCAGUGAACACCAGAUGGAAUUGCUUGACUAUGUAGCAGCCAAGUUCCAUGAGGAAGCUGGUAUCUUCAAGCUACUGAUCAUUGACUCCAUAAUGGCACUUUUCCGUGUGGAUUUCAGUGGUCGUGGAGAGUUGGCUGAACGACAACAGAAACUGGCUCAGAUGCUGUCAAGGCUCCAAAAAAUAUCAGAAGAAUACAAUGUGGCUGUGUUUGUGACCAACCAGAUGACUGCUGAUCCAGGAGCCACUAUGACCUUUCAGGCGGACCCAAAAAAGCCUAUUGGGGGUCACAUCCUUGCUCAUGCUUCAACUACCAGGAUUAGUUUGAGGAAAGGGAGAGGGGAGCUGCGUAUUGCGAAGAUAUACGACAGCCCUGAGAUGCCUGAAAACGAAGCCACGUUUGCAAUAACUGCUGGAGGGAUUGGGGAUGCCAAAGAAUAGGCAGAAAACCAAUGUAAAUGUACAGCUGAAAACCACGUGGGCAGCUGGAAUGAAGAUUUGUUUGUGCAAGGUCACUGACUGCCUGGCUGCAUUUCUGCCUUUCGUGAAACAUUUGAGAUAUUUCGGGAGUACAUUGGGAUGAACUCUGUACAGUUCAGUUAUAUUGAUCUGAAUAGAACUUGGUUCAUUUAGGGUCUUAAUUUUUCAGUCGGACUUCCAGCAGACAAAGAUUUAAGAAAUAAGCUUGUGAAUUGUUCAAAUAAUCCUUUUUGUGUAUUUUGUGAAAAUCAAAGCUGUCCUUCAUAUGCAGUUAAUACACUCUUUUUUAGUUACUUUCAAAGAGAAGGUCAAUGUGGUAGAAUUUAAUAGUGGAAAAUGGAACAGAAAUGGAACAACCUCAGUUAUAAAAUUGACAUAAAUAGAUGGAAAAGACAGUGGCAGGAGGAACAGCCCAAGAACUGGAUGGACUCUCAUGUACCAUAGAUGGUAUAAGUUAUUUUAACAAAUAUGUUUUCAAGCAUUUUUAUUUUUACUAGCUAAUUUUUGUACUUUUAUUUAGCAUUUUCUACUUUCUGAAGAGAAUGUUUUAAAACUGUUCUUAUUGAAGUAAAGAUUAUGAAUUAGAACAGCACUCUGCUUGUGUUUGGCUGCUUUGAAUCAAACCGUGCUCUCAAUAAUCUCACUGCUCUUUCAGGAGAGAAAUAAACUGGGUGCAACCCAAUAUUCUAAAACCUUUUGUCUAGUUCUUCAAAGAAACAUACUUCACAUAAUUGCUUUGUCGGCCUCCUAACAGGAGUAGGAAUAUUAAAUAUUAUUAUAAAAAGCAUAGGGAAACAAACGCAA